AGUGACCAAGGGAGGAGGUGUAGAUGGAGAAGAGAAGGGGUCCAAGGACAGAGCCUUGAGGGACCCCUACAGAGAGAGGGAGUGAAGAGGAGGAGGCAGAGUUAUCGGUAAACACUGAAGGAGUGCUGCGAUAGGUAGGAGGAGAACCAGGAGAGAGCAAAGUUUCGGAGGCCAAGAGAGUAGAGGUUAAGUAGUACGAGUACGGAGUAGUGGCCAUUGGCUGGUAUGAGUACGGAGUAAUGGCCAUUGGCUGGUAUGAGUACGGAGUAGUGGCCAUUGGCUGGGAUGAGUACGGAGUAGUGGCCAUUGGUUGGGAUGAGUAUGGAGUAGUGGCCAUUGGCUGGGAUGAGUAUGGAGUAGUGGCCAUUGGCUGGGAUGAGUAUGGAGUAGUGGCCAUUGGUUGGGAUGAGUAUGGAGUGUUGACCAUUGGUUGGGAUGAGUACGGAGUAGUGGCCAUUGGCUGGGAUGAGUAC